AUGUCUCAAUCGCUACGACCAUACCUCCAAUGUGUGCGGUCAUCGCUCACCGCCGCCCUUUCGCUGUCCAACUUCGCGUCGCAGACCUCCGAGCGUCACAAUGUACCCGAGAUUGAAGCAGCAAGCUCGCCGGAAGUCCUCCUGAAUCCUUUGACUGUGUCGAGAAAUGAAAACGAAAAGGUGUACAUCGAGCCGAGUAUAAAUAGCGUGCGGAUCAGCAUAAGAAUCAAGCAGGCAGAUGAGAUAGAACACAUUCUGGUACACAAGUUCACGCGGUUCCUAACACAGCGUGCGGAAUCCUUCUUCAUCUUGCGGAGAAAGCCUAUCAAGGGUUAUGACAUUUCAUUCCUAAUAACAAACUUCCACACCGAGGAGAUGCUGAAGCACAAACUGGUGGACUUUAUCAUUCAAUUCAUGGAGGAGGUGGACAAGGAGAUUUCGGAAAUGAAGCUUUUCCUGAAUGCACGAGCUCGAUUUGUUGCGGAAUCUUUCUUGACACCUGUAAGUUGA